UGUGUGAGAGAGAGAGAGAGAGAGAGAGAGAGAGAGAGAGAGAGAGAGAGAGAGAGAGAGACACUAAUGAGAUUUAAUGAGUUAAAGUGUUUAGAACAUUAAUCUGAGCCACGCACACAGUCAGGAUGGAGGCUAUGAUAGUGAAGUCUCUUCUUGCUCCCUUUAGGAAGUUUACUAGCUGUGUGACUGAAACACUGCAGAAAGACAACUUGGGGUCUGAAGGUAAAAUAUCAAAGCUGAUGGAUCAGAACCCUGUUGUGCUGCGAGCUUACCAGGCCAAAAGGGAGAAAGAGAGAAGGCUCCGGGAGGUUAGGAACAUGGAGAAGAACGCAAUGAGAGCAGCAAUGAGAGCUCAUUUCAGGAGGAAGUAUCAGCUCCCUACAAAUACUGAAGACUCGAGGCGGGUACGAGCCGCAGGCGGAACAGCGAUGAUCUCCAGUCACCUGAACAAAAUGGUACAGUCUAAGACUCCAGAGAAGGAACGGUCUGGAUUACUGAGUGUGUUUGAGAACCUGAGCUUUAGUACUGGACACACAGCACGCAAGAGACGAAGAGACGGAGAGAGCAUGAUCACCUCCUCUGUUCGCUCAGUGGUGAGGAACAAAGCACUGAGGGCCUCUGGCCCUGGAGAUGGACUGAUGAAGGGAGAGGCUGAUGGGGCGGUGGACAGAUGGAUGACUAGUGAGACAGGGCAGAGAGACGGAAGGAGAGAGGGAUGCAGUGGACGAGUGAGGAGUUUUAAUGAGAUUCCACACACGGGCUGUAAUGGCUGGAUGAACCUUUUGCACUUUUGGAGGAAUGGAACGUUCAGCCACCUUCACAAACACAUGGAGCAAAACUUCAACACACUCGGCCCCAUCUACAGGCAGUACCUGGGCUCUCAGUGUAGUGUGAACAUUUUGUUCCCGGUUGAUGUCGCCGAACUCUUCCACUCUGAGGGACCGAAUCCACGCCGUAUGACACUGCAGCCAUGGGACACACACAGAGAGACACGCAAACACAGCAAAGGGGUCUUUCUCAAAAAUGGAACUGAGUGGCGCUCUGAUCGGUUGUUAUUGAACCGCGAGGUGAUGUUGAGUUCAGCUGUACACCGGUUCUUGCCAUUGUUAAACGAGGUGGCACAGGAUUUUACUCGUGUCCUGCAGCGUAAAGUCCACGCUGAGGGAAAGAGAGAGAAGGAUGCACACAUGUUGACCUUUGACCCCAGCCCUGAGCUUUUCCGCUUUGCUCUAGAAGCAAGUUGUCAUGUUCUUUAUGGUGAGCGUAUUGGGCUUUUUUCGUCUGAGCCGUCUCAGGAGUCUGAGCGAUUUAUUUGGGCAGUGGAGCAGAUGUUGAACACAACUUCUCCCCUCCUCUAUGUGCCCCGCCCACUGCUCCGCUUCCACAAACCCCUGUGGACACAACAUGUAACUGCAUGGGACCACAUCUUCAGCCAUGCUGAGGAACGGAUCCAGCAUGUGUAUGAGCGUCUUCAGGUUCGAGGGGGCAGUGUGGAGGGACCAGCAGAGAGCUCACAGUUCCCCGGAGUGCUGAGGCUGCUGAUGGAGAGAGGAGAACUUCCUCUAGAGCUCAUCAGGGCUAACAUCACUGAACUGAUGGCAGGAGGAGUCGAUACAACGGCGGUUCCUCUGCAAUUUGCAUUGUUUGAGUUGGCACGUAACCCUGAUGUUCAGGAGCAUGUGCGUGCUCAGGUGCAGUUGUCAUGGUUACGGGCAGAGGGGAAUCCUCAGAAGGCUUUGCAGGGAGCACCGCUGCUCAAGGGUACAGUGAAGGAGACGCUCAGGCUGUAUCCGGUGGGGAUCACAGUACAGAGAUAUCCAGUCAGAGACAUUGUGCUACAGAAUUAUCACAUACCUGCUGGGACUCUGGUACAAGUGUGUCUGUACCCUCUGGGGCGGAGUCAAGACGUAUUUCAGGACCCUCUAAUCUUUGACCCUAGUCGUUGGGCUGUAGCUGAGGCAGGAGAGGGGCGUGGCAGAAAUGUCACAGCGGAAACAGGCUCUGGGGCAGGGUUUCGGUCUCUGGCAUUCGGCUUCGGGGCGAGGCAGUGUGUGGGGCGGAGAAUCGCUGAAAACGAGAUGCAGCUCGUUCUUCUGCAUAUUCUGAAGAAUUUCCGUUUAAGUGUUUCAUCCAAAGAGGAGCUCAGCACCAAAUACACACUCAUCCUCCAACCGGAGUCUCCACCUACGAUCACCUUCUCCACACUCUCACACUGAUCACCUCAUAACUGUUCACUCACUCUGCAGUCAGUCAGGACAGUUAAUGAGUUCAUAAUCAAAACCUUUCUCUCUUCCUGAUUCACCUACAGUGGGGUGUCUUCUCUGUGUUUAUUAGUUACAUGCACACACCUGUACACAUCGAUACACACACACCUGUAUACAUCUAUACACACACACCUGUUCACAUCAAUACACACACACACCUGUACACAUCGAUACACACACACCUGUACACAUCGAUACACACACCUGUACACAUCGAUACACACACACCUGUACACAUUGACACACACACCUGUUGACAUCGAUACACACACACCUGUACACAUUGACACACACACCUGUUCACAUCGAUAUACACACACCUGUACACAUUGAUACACACACUUGUACACACCUGUACAUAUUGAUACACACACACCUGUACACAUCGAUACACACACACCUUUACACAUUGACACACAUUGAUACACACAACUGUCUACAUCGAUACACACAUCUGUACACUUCGAUACACACACCUGUACACAUUGAUACACACACACACCUGUACACAUCGACACACACACACACCUGUUCACAUUGACACACACACACACACAGACACACCUGUACACAUUGAAACACACACACACCUAUACAUAUUAAGACACACACCUGUACACAUCGAUACACACACACACACACACACCUGUACACAUUGAUGCACACAACUGUACACAUCGAUACACACACACCUGUAAACAUUGAUACACAUUGAUACACACACCUGUACACAUCAGUACACACGCCUGUACACCUCUGUGCACACACCUGUACACAUCAAUACACAAACACACACCUGUACACAUCAAUACAUACAAACAUACCUGUAAACUUUGAUACACACACACCUGUACACAUUGAUACACACAACUGUACACAUCGAUACACACACACCUGUAACCAUUGAUACACAUUGAUACACACACACCUGUACACAUCAGUACACACGCCUGUACACAUCGAUACACACACACACGUACACAUCAAUACACACACACCUGUACACUUUCAUAUACACACACACCUACACACAUCGAUACACGCACAUACCUGUACACACUAAUACAGACAAACACACACCUAUACACAUCGAUACACACACCUGUACACAUCUAUACACACACAAACACACACA